GGUGGCAGCCAAAGUCCAACCAAUCAGGCAGCCAGCCACUGAAGAUGUUUUUAUGCUUCCGGACAGUCAUGGUUCGGUCCCUUAAAGCCCGACCUUGAACCAUCUCGAGAUUCAGCGAACUCUUGAGCCUUACAUUUGCAUUCUCCUUUCAAGUCUUGCCCCGCCCACGUACCCGUACCAUGGAUCACUAUACUAUUGCUCUAAUAGUUUUCGUAGGCUGGGUUAUAUAUACAGUCAUUUGGCGUGCAUAUCUCAGCCCCCUGGCGCAGAUUCCAGGACCGCGUAUAGCAGCAUUAACAUACCUGCAAUUAUGAAGCCUAUUAUGAUGUCUGGCUCGGUGGGCAAUACACAUUCAAGAUCAUGGAGUUGCAUAAGAAGUAUGGACCAAUUAUGCGGAUCACGCCAGAUGAACUCCAUAUCGCUGAUCCAGAUUUCUUUGAUACGAUUUACGCCAGUUCUGCCGCACCCCGUCGGUCUGAUAAAGACCCUCGCUUCACCAAAUUUAUAGGGCUCGACCUAAGUGUCUUCUCUACGGUUCAUCAUGACAAACACCGCCAGCGUCGCUCGGCUCUACAGCCUUAUUUCAGUAUGGCAAAUGUGAGAAGACUGCAACCAGUUAUACAGGAGAGACUCGACGUCAUGUUGAAACAGAUGAAUAAAUUCAGGGAUACGGGUGAUGUAUUGAACGCGAGUUGUAUGUUCUCGGCUUUUGGGAAUGACGUCGUGAGUAUUUAUUCGUUCGCACGAUGCGAUCACAGACUUGAAUCCCCCGAUUUUGACCCCUCAUCACGAAAUGCUGCUCUUGCAGGUAUCAGCUCAAUACAUUUCAUGAAACAUGUACCAUGGGUAAAUAACGUGAUGAAAGCGCUGCCUGAGACCCUUGUGGAGUGGCUACUGCCAGUCCUAUCAUCGUUCCUCAAGCUAAAGCGGACAUCCAAGAGACAAGUUGAGGAGAUCAUGGCCGGGGAAAAUGAAGCAUGGCGCGGAAAAGACCACCUAACCAUAUUCCACGCCAUUCUCGAUUCUAAGCUUCCUCCCCAGGAGAAGACAGUAGAGCGGCUGUCUGAAGAUGCUCAGGUCUUAGUCAUGGCCGGGACACUCACCACAGCAUCGACGCUGGAGUUGAUAACAUUCUGGCUCCUGCGCCAGCCGAAGACGUUGCUGAAAAUGAAGGAAGAAUUGCGUACCGUAAUGCCCACAGUCGAUGAUGUGGGUACAGUACCUCUUGCUGCGCUAGAGAACUUACCUUUUGUAACAGCCGUAAUUAAGGAAGGCCUGCGGUUGAGCCACGGCCUAUCCGCACGUUCGCAGCGCAUUGAUCCUGAUAGCGCGAUAGUCUUUGUAGACAAGGAGACAGGCAAGGAAUGGACGAUACCACCGAAAACCCCAGUGAGUAUCACCAAUAUACAAGUACACUGUGACGAAGAUAUUUUCCCCUGUAGCAGGGACUUCAUCGCCGAGCGCUGGCUCGGUGAUGCAGGGAAGAAACUGGAGAGGUACCUGACUAGUUUUGGCAGAGGCAGCCGCAGUUGCUUGGGAAUAAAUCUCGCAUACGGUGAGCUUUAUAUAGUGCUGUCGCAUGUGUGGAGGCUUUGGAGUAGUAGAGAGGCGAGAAUCGGCGAUGAGAUUGGCGUACUCAGUCUAUUUGAGACGGACCUGUGCGAUGUUCAGAUAGAGGCGGACUAUUUCAUUCCCACGCCGCGAAAGGGGUCUCAAGGCAUCCAGGUCAAGGCCCAUACGGUAUAGAGAUGUAUUUAGAAUUUUAGGGCUAGUUCGAAUGUACAAAUCCGACCUGAAUCUACACCA